AUGGACGCUUCCCAGUACCCUACCAAUGGUAUAAACACGACCUCGGCCUCCUACCCGUCGCCCCCCGCCAUCACGCCUCAUCAACUUCAACACACCAACUCCCCGCUGCCUCACCAGACUCUGCCGCCUUUGCAGCCGCAGACCUCCGCCGCCAUGAACCAAAUGUACGGCAGCAACCCUCACACACCUCGCACUCCUGCGACGCCCAACACCCCGGGCUCCCAGAACAACAUGCCGCCGUACCAGCCUCAGCAACAACAGCAGCAGCCCCGCGGCCCCUACCAGCAGAUGGGCCAGUAUCCUCCCCCGCCCCAGGCGUACGGCACUCAGUCUAUGCUCCCCCAGACCACGAUGGCUUCCUCUCACCCGCAGCCCAUCGCGCCUGCUCCCGCGUCUGGACGCGUUCCUCCGGUCCUGCGUCCCAUGCCCGCUGGUGGUGUGAUGCCCCAGCCCGGUAUGAACUCUCCCUACGGCCCUGGCGGUGUCAUGCCUGGCGGCAUGGGUGACGCUGACCAGCCUACACACGUCGUUGGCUCGCAGGGCCGCCGUGGCAUUCUCCCCAGCGCUCCUGGCCGCCCUGCUGCCACUCCUGCUGGCGCUGGCAACACCAAGAGCACCGUCAUCCCGGUCAAGGAUGCCGAUGGCAAAUUCCCUUGCCCUCACUGCACCAAGACCUACUUGCACGCGAAGCACUUGAAGCGUCAUCUCCUGCGCCACACGGGCGACCGCCCUUACAUGUGUGUGCUGUGUCGCGACACUUUCUCGCGAAGUGACAUUCUUAAGCGUCACUUCCAGAAGUGCUCCAUUCGUCGAGGUAACCCGACUGGCGCUAGUCACUUGUCUCACCCCCAGGCUCAUGUCAAGAAGAACGCUGCUGCGCAGAAGGCGGCUCUUGGUCAGGAUGGUGGUCUGAACCACCUCAAUGGUCUGGGUAACAUGCCUGCGGAUGGCAUGGUUCAGCCUUUUGGUAUGAUGCCUGUGUCGGACGGGAUGAACAACCUUGCAAACGAUCAGAGAUCUGUCAUGGAUGCUUCUGGCCGAGGUGGCAACUUCGAGCAGGCAUACAACGGCAAUGUCCCUAGCUCCAUGACGCCCAAUAUGAAUCAACAGAUGCAAAACUACAAUAUGCCCCCGGGUCAAAAUGGAAUGUCCAUGUAUGGCGGGUCGAACUCGAACCAACAAUCGGGCCUUGAUUGGUCUCAAAUGUUCCAGGCUGGUGCGCAACAAACCUACGCAAAUCACACUCAAUUCCCCCCUAAUCUUGGACAGACGCAGAUCGCAACCAAACCAGAGCCUAAUACCGGCGUCGAAAGUACAGAAGGUCCCCCUGGCCACCCAAACCACCCCGAAUCCCUCUUUUUCUCGACUUGGGACGUGCCGCCAUCGAUCCAAGAUCCCUUUACCCACCUCUCCAACCAGAUUCUCAACUUCUUCUACCCUCCGGGUUCCCCGAUAACCGACGAAAGCGCCGGCUUCAACCUAUACUUCUCUGCCGAAAACAUCCGCGACUUCUUGGAAAAGUACACUCAUUUCCAUGUCCAUUUCCCUAUUCUCCAUACACCCACGUUUCGUAUCAUGGAAGCCUAUACAGGCUUGUUGGCAGGCAUGUGCUGCAUCGGCGCGUGCUACUCUGACCGUCUCUCUCCAGAUCACGUGCGCGACAUGAUGAAUUUCCUCAGGUCCGCACUUGUUCGUGACGUUCAGUUCUUGGCCACCUCGGUGGGUAAACAGCGGCAGAAUGGUAACGCUAACCCUGGUGCCUCAAGCCCCGAUCGCCGGGAUCUUGAGGAACUCCAGGCUGUAAUGCUGCUCCAAAUUCUGCUGAUCUGGAACAGCACACCUGAGCAUCGUGACAGUGCUCGUGAGAUUUUUCCAGCCAUGGCGGAGCAGACUCGUCGGCUUCGUCUAUCGGAGGUCUCCACCAGCAUACCCCUCUUCAGUCCAUUGCACCAGAGUAACUUUACCCCUCAAAACUUCGAUGUCUCCACAUUCGAUUGGAGUGUGUGGGUUGAACAGGAAAAGCGGACACGUCUGAUGCACAUCAUCUUCCUCUGCAACUCCGCCAUGGAACUUUAUUUCAACACCCAGUCUCAAAUCGACAGCUUUGAGAUGCACAUACCGCUGCCAUCAGAUGAUGCGGCGUGGGACGCGCGGACGAAGAAGGAUUGCGAAGACGCUCUGGGCUUACAUGGAGACGAGCUAUCACAGCAAAAGAACCCGAACGGUACACGACGCAGCAAGCAACCGGAAAUGGACUAUGCCUUACAAGCCUUGCUCCAUGGAUCCUACCAGAUCCAGCCAGGCAGGACGAAUCUGUACGGAAAGUUCAUCUUGAUACACGCCAUUUUAUCCUUGAUCCGAAGAGCUCAGUUGGACGGCAGUGCCGUGAUGAAGGGUUACGCGACUCCACCAAUGAGCGAUUGGAUGGUAAACGGUGGAUCAGAUAACGGCAUCAACAGCGGCAGAGGAACACCUGUCGAUCCCGCUUUGCAGGGCAUACCAGUACAUGUGCACGAAUCAUUGCGUAUGGCCCUGCAAAAGUUCAAGACCAACUGGGAUGCCGACAUGAUCAAUCAAUUCCCUCCUGGUUCGGCGAAGAAUGUCCGUAGGUAUGGUUUCUCUAGGGACGGCAUCCAUUUCUACUGGCUUGCAAAGUACCUCUUGAAGCAUACUCGGCCAUCGGAGCUGCAGAUGGAGUCGGAUGCACGGUUCAUGCAGGUGAUGCAACUACUGAAGUCGGUGAAGGCGUGGGUAAAGUCGGAUGGUGCGACUAGGGGCGAGGAUAUGGGAUCGGUUGGAGAGAUCGACAAGGAUUUUGGAGUGGCGAAUCUGACACUUGACAUGGCACGACUUUUCAAACCUCUUCCGGCGGUGGUGGAGGAUCCAGGAAUACCUUCUGUUCAAACGAACAUCGGCACAACGGGCGGCGGCAUGCUUUGA